GACCCGCGCAGGCGCCUUGUGUGCCGCAGGGCGCGCGUCCGCUGACCGGAACACCGGCCGUGUUGCGAAGUUGGCCUUCCCAGUCCUGGCUUGGGCGGUCCCUUGGGAAGUGGCUCCCCGAGGGACAGCUGGGCCUGGGGGCGGGGCCCGUGCUCGUCUCCGAGCUCUAGAGAUUCCGCUGAGAACGGAGAAGCGCGGCGGCAGCAAGACGCCUUCUCUGGAGCCGCCGAGCUGGAGUUGGAAGUGGAGCUCCGUGGGGCUGGGCCCCCGGCUGCGGGGCAGCGGCUCCUGCAGCCUGAGGACCCGGCGGAGAAUGAGAAAGAGCCGGAGACGGUGGCGGUCUCCCAGCCGAGCGGUGGGACCGGGAGCAUGCUGCGGUGGUUCACCACUGUGAUCCUGUUUUCUUGCUUCCUGGGGCUGGGAUUGAGUGUUGCUAUACUCGGACCCACGUUUCAAGAUUUGGCAACAAAUGUGAACCGAAAUAUCAGUAGUCUGUCUUUCAUUUUUGUGGGUCGUGCCUUUGGAUAUUUGAGUGGCUCUGUGAUUGGUGGAGUUCUUGUUGACGUCAUGAAUCAUUUUUUACUUUUGGGAGUGUCAAUGUUGGCUACCACAGUUGGUCUUUAUCUUGUUCCUUUUUGCAAGACAGCAGCAUUACUCACUGUCAUGAUGUCUGUCUUUGGUGCUUCAAUGGGCAUUCUGGAUACAGGUGGUAACGUCCUUAUCUUGGCUCUUUGGGGGGACAAAGGAGCCCCACAUAUGCAGGCCUUACACUUCUGUUUUGCUUUGGGUGCCUUUUUGGCUCCACUGCUAGCUAAACUGGCAUUGGGUCCGACAGUGUCUGCUGAAAACCACACAGAGUCUGACUUUCAUCAUCCUGCACUCAACCGAUCAUCUGACGCUGACUCAGGAGUUCUGUUUGGAGUACCUAAUGAUAUGAAUUUACUGUGGGCUUAUGCCGUUAUCGGAACUUACAUGUGCGUAGUUUCUGUCAUUUUGUUUGCUCUGUUUUUAAAGAAUAGCUCAAAGCAGGAAAAAGCAAGAGCAUCUGCUCAGGCAUCUCGAAGAGCAAAAUAUCACAACGCCCUUCUUUGUCUCCUUUUUGUGUUCUUCUUUUUCUAUGUUGGAGCCGAGGUAACAUAUGGCUCUUACGUUUUCUCAUUUGCAACCACCCAUGUUGGUAUGAAAGAAAGUGAAGCUGCUGGGUUGAACUCCAUCUUCUGGGGGACAUUUGCAGCCUGCAGGGGCCUGGCAAUCUUUUUUGCUACAUGCUUACAACCUGGAACCAUGAUUGUGUUGAGUAACAUUGGCAGCCUGACUUCAUCUUUAUUUCUGGUGCUUUUUGAUAAGAACCCAGUUUGUCUCUGGAUAGCAACUUCAGUGUAUGGGGCCUCAAUGGCAACCACAUUUCCCAGUGGUAUUUCUUGGAUUGAACAGUACACGACCAUCCAUGGGAAAUCUGCAGCAUUUUUUGUAAUUGGUGCUGCCCUGGGAGAAAUGGCUAUUCCUGCAGUGAUUGGAAUUCUUCAAGAAAAAUACCCUGAUUUGCCUGUAGUGCUGUAUACCUCUUUGGGAGCAUCAGUAGCCACUGGUGUUUUAUUUCCUGUGAUGUAUAAAUUAGCCACUUCACCUCUUAAUCGCCAGCGAAAAGAAAAUAGAAAGAGUGAGGACCAGAAAGCUUUGCUUUCUAGCUCCGGGCUAAAUGAAUAUGAGGAAGAGAAUGAAGAGGAGGAUGCAGAAAAAUGGAAUGAAAUGGAUUUUGAAGUGAUUGAAAUGAAUGAUACAAUGAGGCAUUCUGUAAUAGAGACAUCUGGAAAUAGUUUGACAGAGUCCACAGCUGAAAUCUGUAACCACCCAUCAAAUGCAGUGGUGUUUGAGUCCUCUCCUGUUAAUACUGGCAACUCCCAUGUGAAGCACUUGCCUGAAACCAGGACAAAAGGGACUAACAUUUAG